GCAGUGGGAGCCGUUGAGAGCCGGGACCAGCCUCCCGCUUCGCCUGGGCUUCAAACCUGUCUCCCUUCAUCCCUGAGCGGCGGCGGUGCUGGGACCACCAUGGCAACCUCCCCCCAGAAGUCCCCGUCUUCCCCCAAAUCCCCCACCCCCAAAUCGCCCCCGUCCAGAAAGAAAGAUGACUCCUUCCUGGGCAAACUUGGCGGCACGCUGGCAAGGAGGAAAAAAGCCAAAGAAGUAUCUGAAUUACAGGAAGAAGGAAUAAAUGCCAUUAACUUACCUCUCAGUCCAAUUCCAUUUGAACUAGACCCUGAGGACACUAUGCUAGAGGAAAAUGAAGUCCGAACAAUGGUUGAUCCAAAUUCCAGAAAUGACCCAAAAUUACAAGAACUAAUGAAGGUAUUAAUUGACUGGAUUAAUGAUGUGUUGGUAGGAGAGAGGAUUAUUGUGAAAGACUUGGCUGAAGACCUGUAUGAUGGACAAGUAUUGCAGAAAUUAUUUGAGAAACUUGAAAGUGAGAAGCUGAAUGUUGCUGAAGUUACUCAGUCUGAAAUUGCUCAGAAACAGAAGCUACAGACAGUUCUUGAAAAGAUCAAUGAAACUCUUAAACUCCCGCCAAGAAGCAUCAAGUGGAACGUUGACUCUGUUCAUGCUAAAAGUCUCGUAGCAAUACUUCAUCUUCUGGUUGCAUUAUCACAGUAUUUUCGAGCUCCAAUCAGACUCCCAGAUCAUGUGUCCAUUCAAGUUGUUGUUGUUCAGAAACGAGAAGGAAUCCUCCAGUCUCGACAAAUCCAAGAGGAAAUAACUGGUAACACUGAGGCAUUAUCAGGAAGGCAUGAACGAGAUGCAUUUGACACUUUGUUUGACCAUGCUCCGGACAAGCUCAAUGUUGUGAAAAAGACUCUCAUCACAUUUGUGAACAAGCAUCUCAAUAAAUUGAAUUUGGAGGUCACUGAACUGGAGACCCAGUUUGCAGAUGGUGUGUACUUAGUCCUGCUAAUGGGUCUCCUUGAAGGCUAUUUUGUUCCUCUGCACAGCUUUUUCUUGACUCCUGAUAGUUUUGAACAAAAGGUCCUUAAUGUAUCCUUUGCAUUUGAGCUAAUGCAGGAUGGUGGGUUGGAAAAACCAAAGCCAAGACCAGAAGAUAUUGUAAAUUGUGACUUGAAGUCCACACUGAGAGUACUGUACAAUUUGUUUACCAAAUACAGGAAUGUGGAGUGAAGAACUGAUUUGGGACAGCAAAGGAGAGUUAACAAAGAAAACAUCAUCACUAGCAUGUUUUUCAUCGGUAUUCCUGUGCAUCCUUAUCCUAAAAGGAACUAAACCAUUUAUCUGAAGAAUUUUUAACUGAUUAUUCUUGCGCUAGUAUUUUCUUAGUAGAAUUAAAACUAAGGCUGUGUAGAACUGAUCUAAAUUAUGAAGAAAAAAGUUUAGAGGAAUUUAUCCGAGUAUCUUCUGGAAGAAUCCAUGUCUCCAAUAGUCUCUCACUCUUCACACUGUUCUGUAGGAGGUGAAAAAACAACCAAAAAUUCAGAUCAAGCUUUGAGAACAAUCAUAGGAAGCUUCUGUUUUGAGUAUCUGUUUUAAUAUUUUUUACAUAAUUUUUUUUCUAAUCUGGGGAGGAAUAUUUUCUAUCCAUAGUAAGAUGGUUGCAUUCUAUUUGUGAGAAAUAUGCACAGGGAGAAAGAGUUAAAUACUGUUGUUCACAUCACAGCUAAUAAGAAGGGGCUUUCUCAAGCACGUAACCUGAUUAAUUUGUAUUUCCAGUGCUGUUAGGCUUGAAUUUUAUGGGUGCAAACUGAAGUGGCUACUCAUUCCUUCAGACUUAAUAUAAUGUGAUGCUCUGCUUUAAAUAUAUAUUAUUGAGCAUUCAGCAUAAGCACACUUUGCAAAUUAUUCACUUGAUUUUGUUCAGUGAACAGAUCUUUUCUGCAAAGUAUGCAUUUCAGGAAAGAAAACCUCUAUAAUGCAGUUUCCUUAUAAUGUUUGUAUUAUUGGCAUAGUAUUAGAAAGUAGAAGAGUGGCCUCUUUUCCUUAUUAGUAGUUGAAACACAGGAUUACCAGGUUAUGAGGUUAGAUUUAUUACUAAAUGGGAUUUAGAAUCUGUCUCUUUGGUUGAUUUUAUGAUGCAUGUAUAUUGCUGCAUAAUAUCCAACACAAAAAAUAAGAUUUAUUUUCCAGAAACAUUCCUGUAGCCUUUCAGAUAUGAAAACACUACUUUUAGGUUAAAACUACUCCCAUCUGCAAAGACUCUGUUAAAAUGUAAACUUCUUUGAUCAUUUUAUGUGGCUAAAAGGAGUACUUUUGUUCUUAUCUUGACCAAGUAUAAGCUGUGAUCUUUUUGGUUUUAGUUUUAACAAAGACACACAAGAGAAAUGGGAACUGAUUCUUCUAUCAGACUAAUAUCAAGCACCAGUCCUGUUUCCAUAAAGAAGCUGAUAGAAACUGCCUGGCACGAGCGUAAAUCAUCAGAAACUACACUGGCAUAAGUUGAGGAGUAAGUUAAUCAUUUGCUAGCGGUCUUGAUGCUAGUAUUAGAUACCUUUCUAACAGAAGUGCUCUACUCCAACCACAGAUUCUUGGAUUCUUGAGUUACACAGUAAGGGAAAAAUCCUUAGGCAGAAAUUACUGGACUAUUUAGAAAUCUUUGGGCUCUUUAGUGCAGGAAGGAGACUUUUGAAUAAUCAUCCGAUUAUGGUUGAACUGGUAUAGGUGAAAGAGAAAGCAAUCUGUCAGCUCUUGACCUUGUUCAUAUAUUUUUCAAAUUUUCAGGGUUUUUUUUUUUUAGUUGUAUAUUUUUACUGUAUAAUUUUCUAGUACGACAUUAGUAUAGAGUGAAGGCAAGUAAUUACAUUGAGUCUUUGAUGAACACUAACUGAUGUUAAAUAAUAAGUUGAUAUUGACUUCUGAUGGGAGGGGCUAUAGAAAUUAUUCUCCUGAGAAGUAAAUAUCAGCUUUUGCAAAAGAAAGGUCAAUAUUUAAUUCAAAGGACAAUAAAUCUGGUUGUUCACUGAACCCAGAAAUCAAUAUCUGUAUUGUUAGAUGCAUUCUAAAUAUCUUCAUUAAAAUGUUUGGAUCCCUCUACAUUUUUUUAACUAAAUUUCUAAAGUUGGAGGUGCAGAAAAGAACAAUUAUUUGCCUUUUACAAAGGUAAAUGACUGGACAUUUUGACCUCAGUGAAAAUGAGCAUAUAUCUUCAUUAGUCUAUUGUAUUAUUGAUCUUUUGGAGAAGCUAAGCAAUAGGAAUUUACCAAGCAUUUUUAAGCAAACCGUGAGACAGAACGUCUUGUGCAUAUCCCAGCAGCAAUAUCAGAUUGUUUUAACGUUUGGCAUGUAAGUUGUUCAUUUGCAAACUUAGACUGCAGUAAUUGUAAUAGUUCAUUGACAAAUGUAUGAUGGUUUUUCUGCAGAUCAUACUCAGCUGAAAUACUUUUUCUCAUUUCAUCAGCAGUGCCAAAACAUUUUGAUUGUUCUUAUUUUCAGGAAUGUACUUUCUUUAAAGAGAGUUAUUUAUGUAAAGGAAAAAGGUUAGGAACAGUGAGGCUGGGUUUUUGCUUGGACCUGAAAAUACGUAUUCCUGUACUAUGGGUAUGACAUUACUGGAGAUCCUGAAGUCUGUCAGACUCCAUUUUCCGUCUUUAAAAAACAUAAAGCUGAGACAGAACAGUGAAAUUCUUGUGCUGAAGCGCAAUUUUGCAGAACCAUACAACAUUUCAACAAAAUGCAAACCUUUACACAAAUAUCUGUCCUAUGGUAGGAAUUCAGGUAAAUUAAAAUCUGCUAUAAAAACAAGAGCAUCAUAUCUGAAUAUAAAUCCGUGUGAUAGCUUUAACACAUGCACACAAAGAGUAGUAUAUGCUGCCAUGUAGGAGUGGGUCACUGCUUAUAUUUUUGACAGUAUAGAUUUAACUAGCUAUCAGAUAAAUACAAAAACUAAUAUACAGAUUAUAUCUAAUAUUUAUUGAUUUGGUAUAGAAUAUUAUAGAAAAAUAGAAUAAUACUAUAGACAGUUUGCUCUUCAACACUCAGUGUAGGCCAGCAGCUUCCUUCAGGGAAGUGAAAUGUUAUCCUAGCUGGGCCAAAUUCUGCUGACACCAAGGAUGCUUUUAUUCUUGAUACACAGCAGUGUAUAUGAAUGUACAGCUGAAUGCAGAAUUUGCCUCACUGUUUAUAUUAGGAUGGAGAAGUUGUUUAAGUUUCAGGUCAGUCUUGGUCCUAUUUAUAACUACUAUAAAUGAUAUCAAGAUCAAUGGAUUUAGUCCACAUAAGAUCUGAACAGUUGCCUGGAGAGGCCUGUUUCUCCUCUGGCUGCAGAGGCAGGACCUGAUCUUGAGGCUGCUGUCUUCAUGCUUUGGCUUGGUUCUUAAAGCCAGAUGGCAUGAGUCCAGUCCGCUGCCUUAAGAUCUCAUGAUGAUCUCUGGGUCUGACCCGCCAAACCAUUGUGCUUCUAUGUGGUGUUCUGUCGCAUGGAGGCCCACAGGUUGUUGAGCCCACAGAAGACUGGCAGAGUAUUAGCCUGGCAUGAAGGUCAAAAAGACAUUGGGACAUUAUGAAACUGCCAAAUGAACAGGGUUCUCUCUGCUUCCAUGACUUCUAAUCCAUCCAUUUGCUAUAACAGCUGUGUGGUGACAAGCUCUGUUUGGAGAUAGGUAUCCUCUGCCUGUUGAUGGAUCCCAGGAGAUUCUGUCAACCACAUGCAAUUGUUUUUUUCAGAGAGGAGCUACAGAUUUUUGUAGUGUAUCAAAAAGAGUUUGUCAAAAUAGUUAUCUAAAAUCUUUGCAUCUUAAGGUCAGCUCCUUUCAAAUUUCUUUCCCAGCUCACUGACAUUUAGUCACCAUAAAGAACAGGCCCCAGGAAAAAGUGUCAAAGGAAUCCUUGCAUAAUUUUACCUGAGACACACGUAUCAAGCCCAUGAUUGGUUUGCUCUGUAGUUCAGAGGGAGUUAUGGACUCACCAAGUCUGUCAUUGAAAAGGAUGACCGCAGAAUACCUAGUUUUAGCCAUUUCGUAGUCUGUAUAUAUCUCCCUGUUAUAGGGGAAACAGCAGCCCUUGCAGCCACAAAGUUCAGACACUUGAGUGGACCAGCAAAUGCUGGAUAAGGUCCUAAUCUACUGUUGACUCUGGACUAAGUUGCUUGUUGGCAUAUCUCCAUGUAAAUCAAUGGCAUGACAUCAACAGAGCAUUUGGUCCUUUCUGUUUUACAGAGGAUUACAGUAUUUGGGUAUGGUUUACAUUCAGGCAAACUACAUUGACUGAGAUAAAUGCUACUUGGUUGGCCUUUGUUCAUACUCAUUUUUGUGAAGCAUGUUUUUAAAUUCAUAUUUCAGACUAAUUUAGCAAACACCUUAUGCCAAGACACAAUGUUGUAAACCAGAAUGGCUUCUAAAACUGAUAGGUUUUAUUUCAUUAGAGAGAAAGAUAUAUAUUAUAUUUAAUAUACUAUGUAUUAGCUUUAGGUCUGCUUUUUGUUAUUCUUGUUCUAUCAAAACAGUCUUCGUGCAUUGUCAGUGUGCUUGACAAGCACUCAAAAAAAGAACAGUGCCUUGGAGACCUCUUGCAAGAUUUUCUUCACUGUUACCUAACAGACUUCUAUCAUUUUACUUUGAGAAUUAGUGUGGGUUUUCUCUUUACAGCUAAUAUACAGUUAAAGGCAGAAGAAAUCCUUUGUACUUAAAAAAAAAAACAAAAACAAAAAAAAAAAAACAAACCACAGCUUAAAAUAUAUAUUAAUUUAAACUAAUUUUAAGUGUCACAUGAAAAAUAGUCUGUUACAAGCAGAUAGUGGCACUACAAUUAUACAUACCUCAGCAUCCACAGAUUUUCCAAAGAGAUUUUGAGUCAUUAGACAUUUAGUAGGGCUAAUCUUUUGUAUUUUGAUGAUAUAUUCUGUGUGCCUAUUUCUGUUUAAAAUAAUAAGAGAUUUUUUUCUGUUUAAUAUUACACACUGCAACACUGUUAGUGUCAUUUAAAUAUUUGAUUCUAAAUCUCAAUAUCAAACUCAUUAAAAACCAACACACAAUAAAGAUUUGCAAAAUUUCCUUAAAGUGUCUCUCUGAAAAUACUGGUUAGUCAAAAUUAAGAUGCCUUGCCUUCAGCUGCAGAAUUAGUAGCUUUCACAAAAUAUAUUCUAUGUACUAUGUAAAUAAGAGACACUCCAUCACUGAUUUUUUUCCUGUGCUUUUUCCUGAAACCUUUGUUAUGAUCCACAAUAAAAUUUGCACCUGAAAAUCAA